UCUAAACCGCCGCCAUGACGAAACAAUGGGACAAGUACCGGGAGAUCAUCAUCGCAGAGUACAAGGACCAGAACAAGCCGCUCCAUGAGGUUCAGCGGUCCAUGGUACAGAAAUAUGGCUUCAGGGCGUCGUACGUGUCGUUCCCUUCCUGGUCUCCCUCACCUGCCCACACGAUAUCUCUCAUCUCCGCGGAGGCUGCAUGCUGAUCCCUCUAUGGCGUUCACAUCUGAUCGUUGUCCAGAACCCGUGCGUAUAGAUCGCGGUUCGACAGGUGGGGCGUCCACAAGUAUUCGCGUCGCAGGCGUUGCUUGAGUUUGGGCAGGGGAGAAGCGACAUCCGAC